AUGAGAGCCAUUGUUCAGCGUGUCACACAGGCAAGUGUUUCUGGUAAGGUUUUUUUUGUCUAGAUCAGCUUGCUUGUAAUUUUUCUUGGACUCAGUUCUACAGAUUUCUCUCACUUCUCUACGCGGAAGAAAGAACUUUCCUUAAUUAAGGGUUCAGUUCUCAUCGAGCGAAGAGUGUAAUUCACUGCAUCACCUUAAUUAUGCCUCGUUCCUGCCUUCCUUUCAAGUUGCAUUGUUUAAAGGAGAACGGUAGAUUUUUGUCAGGGUGAAUGUAGUCAGUGUCAGGCUAUCAAUUAGCUGCCACAGUCUUUCCAGUCAUCAUUUAUUGUUUCGGGAUUGGCGAGGAAGUGCUCCCUAUUUCCCUUGCAAAAAUUAUGGCCACCAUCUCUGAUUUUAAUGGCAGUGAAAGGCUGGGGAGAGAAAGAAAUUUGUACCGAGGGGGCAAUCGACAGCCAAAAAUAAGAAGAGGAGUGGGGUGGGGGAGUGCCCUUCCCUGCCCCCUACCUCCACCAUGCACCCUGACUCCAAACAAACCACAGCCAUAUGGAUUAAAAAUUGCACACUAGUUAAGUUAACUCAACCUAAUAAGAUGCCUGCACUGCAGGCUUAAAAGCAUAGCAAGGCAUCCUACGGUUUAAAUGGCUUGCUCUUAGUCCCAGCCCAGGGAUUAGCCAAUCAGUGACCAUAGAUGUGUUUCUGGCUGCCGUCUCCGAAGCCUUGAAGCUAAAAGAUUUUGAACACCUACUGGUAACUAGGUCAUUUUUAGGUUUAUCUUUGACCUUUAACUUCCAUGAGUGACCAAAAGAGAGUUUCUCCUAGCAGUAUUAAAACAAUAUCAACCAGAUAAGAGGUGAGAAUAAAGAAAAAUAACAAUUUGGGAAUAAUUAGUGGAUCCAGUACUAAAUUCUCUGAACUAUUAUUAUAAGAAUUGUAUUGUUGACAGUAAGGAGAAUUACAAAUUUGAUCCGGAAGUAAACAGGUUCAUCUCUGCUAGGCAGGCCUUUCCAGCUGAUUUUUCUUUUUGCAUCUUUCCUUGGAGGACUUGUAGAAAGGUUUAUAUUGUGUUGUGGCCCAGAGAAAAUUAACGGGCUAAAUCCCUUAGGGUGGAGGAUACUUGAGUAUCAGCCAACUAUUGGUCAACAGGUGAUAACCUAUUGACCAACUGAACAAAAAGUUAAGACAAAUUACAAACUGUCAUGUUGACUGACCAUGGAUAGAUACACAGAGAUUAUCCCAUGGACAGUGUGCGCCAAAAAAAUUUAUUCAGGCAUUGCAAUGGAUAAAAAAAAUUUGUGAGUGCAGCAAAUGAGUGAGUUUUUUGUUGUAUUGUGAUGAGUGAAUUAGAAUUGUUCAAGCUCUUUCUGUGGUAUGAUACUUUUUUUCCAUAUAUACUGACAGAGAUUCUUUCUCAAAGAUUGAAAGUGAAGGACAGUUAAAAUAUUGUGUUGGCCUGAUCAGAGACAUGAAUGAUAUUACUUUACAAUGUAAAUCUCAUUAUAUAGGAAACAAAAUGUCUUAUGGCACACAUGAUCUGCAUUUCUUACACCUACUGUGAGUAAAGUGGAUUUUAUAACACCAAAAUUUUAGACAAACUAGCCAUCUAUCAGUGGAAUAAUAGAAGUUAUGACACUUCUUUUUUUUUUUCAUUGUAAUUAAUAUUAUUAUUAUUAUUAUUAUUAAUUUUUUUUAGUGUCACAUAUCUCCUAUAUGUAUUACAUGCACCAUGGCUAUAGUUGAUGAUUGACAAUGUUAAUAAGACCGAGUGGAAUCCAAUUUGGUCUGUAAUCAUGAGUGAUUAACAAAAUCAGACAACCAUGAAGCAGGAGUCUGUUUUGUUGUCCAAUUUGUUAAUUUUUUGAUCACGAGUAUGAUUACAGACAAUUAGAUGACACAAAGUCGGAGUUACCAAUUAAUCAAAACUAUGAUAUCGUUCAAGACAGAAAUUAGACAUUGAUUAUACAUUUUUAUUAAAAAAACAAAAACAAAAACAAAGGAUAACCUGGUAAAAUUCCCAACAACAGUGCACAUACUAGACGCUUACCUUCCACAUACACAGGCAUGACGUGUCAACUGUCUUUUUACUCUAUCCAAUUACAAGCAUGAUACGUACACUGUCCUAUCAGGCUGGUGAUAACCAAUCACACUCAAGAAUUUUGUUAUAGUUUUGAUUAAUGAAUAUAUAGGUCAAUAGUUCACAAACUCUGCAAUGGUAGUUCGUAGAUGGUCAACUGGCACAACAGAUUUUGAGUACUUAAAAAGCAUUUUUUGUUAAAAUUGUUCAAUUUGUGUGCAUUUGACAGUUGAUGGUGAAGUUAUUAGUUCCAUUGGAAAAGGACUCUGUGUUUUACUGGGAAUAUCAAAGUAUGACACUCCCAAAGACAUUGAAUAUAUGUGAGUAUUUUUUUUCCUCAACAUAAACCUAGAGUGAGAGAAAUAAACAAUUUAAUUAUUUUGCUGUCAAGGAGAAGUUCAUUUAUUUUCAACAUAAUACAAUGCUCUCCUCCCAAAAACUGUUGAAUUAUGCUCUGGUGAUUUUCUCUUUAAGGGUGAGAAAAAUUCUGAACUUAAGAGUCUUUGAUGAGAAUGAUCAAAGAUGGAAGAAGUCUGUUGUAGAUAAAAAUUUUGAAGUACUUUGUGUGAGUCAGGUGAGCUAACAGAACUUUGCAGAAUAUGAGGAUUAAAUUAGAAAUUUAAUAAAUACACAAGGUUUUCUCUUUCUUUUUAUUUCCAUUACAAUAUUGUAUUAUUAUAAUUUUCAGAGGUAAUUUCACUUUGAUCUCGUUAGAUAUGUAUUUGAAGUAAGUUAUGAUUGAAAGAAAAAAUGAAAUUGAUCAUUGGUAAUAAUUAUGAUUUUGUAACAACCUUAAGUGAUCUUUUUUUUUCCAAUGCUGGUGAUAUGCAAGAUAAAAAAUUACACUUUUUAGACAUGCCUAAACCCUUUAAAUCUUAGUAGUGACCAGCAUUUAAUUUCCUGUUAUAGUAAUAUUGCUGAAUCAUUUAUUAGAGUCAUGAGCCGAGUAGAGGAAAUGAUCACUAUACAGUAAACGCCCGCGUAUAAGAACCUAGUGAUUUAAGAACCUACAGGCUGAAAUUGGGCAUUUUAGUACCCAAAUAUAUAAGAACCUAUUUAGGCUGGAAAAGAACAAUAGGUUCUUAUACCAAAAAACACUCUUAUUUUGUAGCCAAAAUACUGGAUUUUAAUUGAUAGAAAUUGUGAAAUUUCUGAGAAACACCAUGAAAUCUAUUUGUUUAAUUGAAAAUCUUAUAAAUACAGAGUAUAGAAUACUGUAUAAAAUUAUACUGGUGUAGCCUUGGGACUUGAAUCUGUAAGAACCUACUAAGAACCUAAUCAGCCUGAGUUCGGAAAAACUACCCCAAAAUAUAAGAACCCAUUCAGCCUGAACCCAAAAAUUCUAGGUUCUUAUACGCGGGUGUUUACUGUAUUAUAAAGAAAGAAGCUUUGAUUGUUAAAUGAAUUCUCCUUGUUAGUAUCAAGGGAAAUGAAUCGAGUAGACUAUGGAGAAUAUUGAUACUGAUGUUAGGGUGUAAAGAGUUAAUCUGGUAGCCUUCUCAAAUUUUUAAUUUAAUAAAUGAUCUUGACAAUUAAUCUUAUGGCAUUAGUGUGCAGUUAGAUUCAAUUGAUAGUAUCAAAUUUUUUGGUAACACACUGAUAGGUAAUAAUUGUGCAGCAAUAAUUUAAGGCUUGAAGCUAAGCCUCUUGCUGUCCCUAUAUUUUUGUGUUGGGGUUUUUUCAGUUAAAAAAAUUCCUUAAUACAUACUUUGCAAAUAUAAGGUUAGGCCUAAGGCUUGGAUCUUACCCUAUGAGCUCAGUUAACCCUUUGACUCCCAAGAUUCCAGUAGUAAUCUUCCUUGCUGUCUGCUAUAAAUGAUGUAAGAUUGGAGAAUUUGUUAUUGGAUCAAUUAGUAAUAUGCUAAUUGAUGCUUUUCUUUAUUCCCAUCAGUUGUCUGCUUGAUAUUUUAUUGGUAUUGUAAGAAAGAUUUUGUUUCUGACACUCAUGAGAAUUCAAGGAUUAACCCUUUAAGUCCCAUUAGUGACCAGGAGAGAAUUUCUCCUUACACCAUCAGCACAGUAUCAAGCAGACAAGAAAUGAUAAUAAAGAAAAAUAUUAAGUAGGGGACUAUUGGUUGAUCCAAUUCCAAAUUCUCCAAACUAACAUCAUAUGAAUUGUAUGGCAGACAGGAAGGAAAAUUACCUAGUAAUGAAAUCUUGUGAGUUCAAGGGUUAAAGGCCUUUUGAAAUAACUGUUGCUUUGAAAUACACAAAAAUGUAAUUGUGUGCACAAACAAAUGGGUAUGUACAUACAAAUGCAUACAAAUAAAUGCACUAACUCUUCACACCCGAACAUUGGUAUGCAUAUUCUUCAUAAUGUUCUCUAUACAUUUUCAAAGUUGCUGACAAGGAGAAUUUGUUUAACAAUCAAGAGCUUCUACAGUUGAUGAUAAGUUCCUUUAUUCUCAAGACCUUAAUAUUUGAUUCAGGGGUGAUGUUAUGCGGAGAAAUUAGAUGCUGGUCACUCCUUAGAGCCCAAUUAGCUAACUUCUAUGAGGCAAGAAGGGUCAGAUUAAUGAUAGUAUCUGUGCAACUGUGCAGCUAUCCCUCCCCUAACUACACAACAGUCAACUGAAUAACAAGUUAGGAUCAAUGUUGAGGUAGGGAGGGGUAGGUGCACAGAUACUGACAUUGAUCGGAAGGGUCUGUACCAGAGAGAGGGAGCCUGGGGAAAAAGUCCAUCACAAGCCUUUUUUGAAGGAUCUUUCUUGUGUCAAAUUUUGAAUUAGUGCACCUAAAUCUUUUUUGUGGUUUCUGUAUAUUUGUCUUCCUGUUUAGUUCACACUACAAGCAGUUCUAAAGGGAAAUAAACCAGAUUAUCAUCUUGCAAUGGGUGGUGAACAGAGUAAGGCUUUUUAUGGAAACUUUCUUCAAGCAAUGAAAUCGGCCUACAAACCUGAUGCCAUUAAAGGUGAUCAUUGUAAUUAGAGAGUCGUAAGCGGUGAAGGAACAAGAAUGGAUUUUACGUAAAUCUGAGCAACUUGUGAGACUUUUCAUAGUCUGAAGGAGACUUUAAAAUAGUGUAGAAUGGUGGUAAAAUACCCUAGAGGCAGUGAUAGAUCUUAGAAGGUGCAAUGAGAGGUAAAACCUGGCUGCGCGGGAAGACGAAGUUGAAAACAUUUUGAGCGCUUACGGGGCGACGAAGAUCUGUUUGACAAAUUUUAAACCAAUCAGCACUGGUCAUUUUUCGAAAGAAGCCAAUUGCAAUGGGCCUUGUCGUUCGCUCACCGCAAGGGCGGGAAAGUUACUAAAGAUUGAUUUUGUGAGGGAGAAGUGCUGUGGAAAGAGUUUGCUAAUUACGCAGCGAAUGAUACUAAAGAAACGUGUCACUGUUUGUCCCAUAGAUGUGCAUGUGAAGUGAAUUUAAAGUAAUUGAGUAAACACACAAAUAUUUUCUUAAAUUUUCUAUCUUUUUCUUAUGUUUCUGUCUCAGACGGAAAAUUUGGAGCGUACAUGCAAGUUCACAUUCAGAAUGAUGGUCCAGUUACAAUAUCCCUAGAAACGCCACCGCCAAAACCAAUGCAACAAAAACAGGUUUGCUUAUUAAAUUCGAUCCUCAUUAUUCUUUUUAAUUUUUGGCUUCUUCUCUUUUCUUCUUCGUUUCUUGGUUUUUUCUGACCCUGGAUGCCAAAGGCGUCUUUGUGCGCUCGAUAGCAUUUUGAUAGGCGCCAUAUCAGUCCUAGCUCACGAGCAGGCCCUGAUUAUAAAUGCUUCGGCCGAGCGUUUCUUUGCUCGCGGGAAGAUUUAAGGCCUGGCCUUGAAUAGGUCUGAGCGACGAGAGCCGGCGAGAGAUCUGGGUCUAGCACUGAUGUUGAGUGCUAGGCUCACGGAAAAUCUCUUCCGUCUUAAAAUCUUCUCACAGGAAGAGAAAUGAGUGUUCUGCAGCGAUGAUACUGAAGGCCUACGCGAAUCAGAUCCUCGCUGCUCCACGGGUAACCGCUUUUCCUGAACACAAGCAGGUUUUCAAGCUUUGUAACCCCAUAGUUUUGGUCGAUAUUUUGUUCCAAUCAAGCCUAUACGGCCACCUACUCGUUGCGUUUGCCUCCGGAUCCCUCGAAAUACUCUUUUGCGGGCGCGAAAAAUCGUCUAGUUCCUUUUGGUAACUUUUUCAGCAAAGCUUCAGCAAAAAACGACUGCGAACAACUCAUAUUUUCCAUCGCGCUUCUAUUCCAUUUGUAGACAAAAAAGAUGCAUUGUCUUCCGAAUAAAUCGAAGAAGCAUCCUUUUUCUUUAAAACUGAUUUCGUAAAACUGUUGCAUGUCAUUCGUUAUUUUUUCUUCAGGUUAAAGGAACUUCAGGUGCCUCAAAAUCAGCUACCAUAACUAUGGAUGAGGGUUCUACGAACAGUUUACCCGAUUCAGAAAAUCACAGUUCGCCAAUCGAUGCUGAACAAAAAAUAGACAAAUUUGACGAUCUCAACCUGGACGAAAAACGAGGAAGUACGUGACGCUGGGUCAAUUCCAAACCACAACUGAAAAUCUUGUAUCUAAUCAUGACGCCACAGAUUUGCUUUACAUUUUUACGGCAUAAAUGUUUUCAGUCUUAAGCGUCUAAUAUUUCAGUACAAAUUAUAUAUUUAUGUACUUUACUGUACAAAAAAAUAUAGCUGUUGUCAUUGUAGUGCCCAGAUUUUCGUUUUCAAAGGUAGCUGUUGCAAAUGGAUCGUAUCCUUUUUCGUUUUCCGUUAGGAUAUCCUCAUAUAUAUGUUACAUAGGUAAUACUGCUGUCCUUGUUUUUAGAAUUGCCCAGUUGGAACUAAGGUCCUUGCUUACACCUCACCCCACCCCCCGUGCGUAAAAAUAUCAAUUCGGAACUGCCCUUGUCACGGUUGCAUGCAUAACGCUUUGCGAACGGAUAUUGGUUUGGUUUGGUUUGGUUUGGCUUGGUUUUUGUGAGCUAGGUAGCGUUUCGAAACAUAAUGUACUUGAAUUUGAAAGCUUGUGUUCGUUUCCUUUAAGACGAAUAGAUUUAGGUGCUGCGACUCAAUAUCCCCUUGGAAUACCGGAAG